UGUGUCGGUCUGUGGGUCGCAGUGAGUUGGGGGAACAGAAGGGUGAUAGAUCAUCGAUCUGACAGCUUUAACUGGAGCGGAAUCGAGUUCUUCCCGUUCUGGACUGGGAGCGCUUUUCAUCUUCAGACGCACAAUAACACGAGCACGUGGAUGUUACGAGACGGAAAAAGAAGAAGCCGUUUUUGUCGUUUUUACUUGUUUUGGAGUGAAAUUGUAAAAUCUGAGGAUGCGAUGGGCGGUGAAAUCAGCAAAUGCGAGAAGAGAGAGCAAUCAUCUGCUCAGCGGCGACUCAGUCAUGGGUUCCUCUCAAAUGUCCGGGUUUCCAUCGCUCACAGACUCGGACAUUCUGCAACAUUUUCUCAGCCUUUGGAAAUGGACCUCCAACCGUCCGUCUCCCACCUUCUGCUUCCUCCAGAGGAUGGCGGUGAGAUGUCAGACGCUGAGAAGGCCCCUCCAACCUUCAUCUCUGUCUUCUUGCCAGAAUUCCCACACUGUAAAAAUCCUGCAGGAGAGCAUUUCCAGACCCUGGGCUUCAUCGCUAAAGGGUCAUUUGGACCUAUUUUGAAAAUAAAGGAUAACUGUAAAGAGAAGAUUUACGCUGUUAAGGUUCUACCUAAGUCAGAGAUCUUGAAGCAGGGAGUACUGGAGCAGUCAAAGGAGGAAGUCAUCAUUCAGCGGCAGCUCAAACACCCAUUUAUCCACAAUCUGCAGGACUGCUGGCAGACGCAGCACCACCUCUUCAUUAUGUGGGACUACUGCAGCACAGGAGACUUGUACACUUACUGGUCACUGAAGGGCCAGUUUGGGGAGGAAGAGGUUCAGCUUUUUGCUGCAGAGCUGGGCAGUGCAUUGGGUUUCCUUCAUGACAUGGGGAUCAUUCAUAGAGAUCUAAAGAUGGAGAACAUUCUAUUAAGUGAUCGAGAAAUAGGAAACAGGAAACAUGAGUCAGACAGGCUACAUCAGACCAGCUACAACAGUGACAGUAAAAGUCACCUUCGUUUGUCUGAUUUUGGACUCUCACGCCGCCUGAAGCGAGGAGGACGAGCGUUUACUAUAUGUGGGACGAUUCCAUACAUGGCUCCUGAAGUUUUGCGUGGGGGUCCAUACAACCAUGCUGCAGACUGGUGGUCUCUUGGCAUUAUGUUGUUCUCUCUGGUGAUGGGAGAGUUUCCAGUAGCUGCAGAGCCGGACCACACUAGCAUGUGGAAGAGGGUCAUGGAUUUUAAUUAUGUUCUACCAAAGACCUUCAGCUCUGCUCUAAUCUUACUACUUACUGGGCUUUUAUGCAAAGAUCCAGUGAACCGCCUUCGCAAUCUGGAGUGUUUCAAAAUGCAGGCCUUCUUCCGUGGCAUAUCGUUUGACCCUUACAUGCUCCAGAAAACACCAGUCAAAUUCAUCCUGGACCUCAGGACCCAUCCUGAUUGGGCAUCCAAAUCAGUAAGAGGUGCCUCACUGGACCAGUUUGAUAGCUUUGACUGUAAUCAAAUUUUCAACUCUCCUUCGACCCCCUGUGAACCGCCUCCUACUCACUCGACUGCAGAGCAGACCUGUAAAGCAUAAAAUUGGACUAUUUUUGUUCCAGAGUUUGAUUAAGACACUUCUGAUCAUAAAUAUUUAUCUACAUAAAUGUUUCACCUCUUGGACUUGCAGUGUUUAAAAGUUUCCUUUUCGUCUGUAUAAACUUAUUAAGAAAAAUCUUCUGUUCCGUGUUUUUUGCAGCAUAAAAUACCUCAGUGUUGUGGGUCUAUUUAACUCCUCAUCUUAUUUGUUGUUUAUUAAUAGUUUUGGAAUUCUAUUAAAUGAUAUAAGAAUCAAAAUUAGAUUUUUCUUGCCAUGAUAUUGUUAUUUUAAGGUUUAGAGUCUAAUUUUCUGGUUUGAUUUGACUAAUUAGUUACUAAAUACAAUUUGUUCAUGUCCUUUGGGUGUCUUUAUGAAAUGUGUCUUAAUUUAAAUGUGUUUUAUACCAAAUUCUUUCAAUAA